CGGGCCGAGGCGAGAGUGUGGACGCCGCGCCUUCCUUCCGUUUCCGCUACCGGCCGAUCUCCGCCGCUCGGGAAAGGAGCUCCGGGCUGCCGCUUCGGAGGCCCAGGCGAGGCUUCGGACGGUCCCUCCCCCUCAGCGAGGCCUUUGUUGCAGGGUGUUUCGCACUCGGGGCCGGCACUGACUCUGCACGCGCUCAUCGGGAUGGCAGCAAGCUGACCCAGACCCCCAAGAAUGACCUGGACUGAGACUCUCCGUGAGAAGAUCUCUGGGGCCUUCUACAACCACGGCUUACGUUGUGCCUCCUGCCCGAUACCCAUCAUCCUCUUCACUGGCCUCUGCGUCCUGGCCUGCUGUUACCCAUUGCUGAAGCUCCCGCUUCCGGGCACGGGGCCAGUGGAGUACACAACGCCGGUGAAGGACUACAGCCAGCCGCCCCCCUUCCCCACCCAGCAGCAAGGAGAACCGAGCGAGCGGCCCGACUGGUACUCCGGAGCCCCCGUGGCCUACAUCCAACAGGUCCUGGUGAAAGCCACAGUUUCUCCAUGGCCGAAGAGCUUCCUGGCCGUCGACGUCUUUCGCUCUCCACUCGCCCGUGUCUUCCAGCUGGUGGAGGAAAUCAGGAACCACGCUUUGCGCGACGGUCCCCGGAUUAAAAGCUUGGAUGACGUCUGCCUUCAAGUGACCGAUCUCUUGCCUGGCUUGAAGAAGCUCCGGGGGCUUCUGCCAGAACAUGGCUGCCUCCUCCUCUCCCCAGCGAACUUCUGGCAGAAUGACCAGGAACAUUUCGGCACCGACCCCGAUAUUAUUAAAACCAUCCACCAGCACGAACCCAAGACUCUGCAGACGUCGGCCACGCCGAAGGAUCUCCUAUUUGGCGUCCCAGGAAAGUACAGUGGGGUGAGUCUCUACAACCGGAAGAGAGUGGUCAUCUAUGCCAUCACUUUGGGUCUUCGGCACUAUGACGCCAGGUUCCUCUCCAGCCUCCGCUCGCGGCUCAAGCUGCUCCAUCCCAGCGCCAACAGCAGCCUGCGGGAAGACCAUAUGAUCCAUGUCCAUUUUAAGGAAGAAAUCGGCGUCGCUGAACUUAUCCCUCUCGUCACCACCUACGUCAUCCUUUUCGCUUACAUCUACUUCUCCACCCGCAAGAUCGACAUGGUGAAAUCCAAGUGGGGUCUGGCUUUGGCUGCCGUCGUGACCGUCCUCAGCUCCCUCCUGAUGUCCGUCGGGCUGUGCACGCUGUUUGGCCUCACGCCGACGCUCAACGGAGGAGAGAUUUUCCCAUACCUGGUGGUGGUUAUCGGCAUCGAGAAUGUGCUGGUUCUCACCAAAUCGGUGGUGUCCACACCCGUUGACCUGGAAGUGAAACUGCGCAUCGCGCAAGGUUUGAGCAACGAGAGUUGGUCCAUCAUGAAGAACAUGGGCACCGAGUUGGGGAUCAUCCUGAUUGGCUAUUUCACCUUCGUCCCGGCCAUCCAGGAGUUCUGCCUUUUCGCCGUGGUGGGCUUGGUCUCCGACUUCUUCCUCCAGAUGUUCUUCUUCACCACCGUUCUCUCUAUCGAUAUCCGUCGGAUGGAGCUGGCCGAUCUCAACAAGCGUCCCCCUGCCGAAGCCUGCCUCCCGCCCCCCAAACCUGGUGUCCGCGGCCCACGCUACGAGCGCCAGCCAGCCAUGCGCCCGGCGACCAUGCAUACCAUCAACCUCCAGACCUCCUCUCUCCGUAACCUCCGUCUCCCUAAGCGGCUGAGGGUGGUAUAUUUCUUCGCCCGGACGCGAUUGGCCCAAAGACUCAUCAUGACUGGGACGGUGGUCUGGAUUGGCAUCUUGGUUUAUACUGAUCCGGCGGGUGUCCGCCUCUACCUGGCUUCCCACGUCACGGAGCAGAGCCCCCUGGGCGAAGCAGGGCUGCCGGUUCUGCCGGUCCCCGGGGAGGUCCUUCCAACAAGAGAUGCCCAGUUGUCCCUCUCGGUCUUCUCUGCCGAUCCCGCGCAGCCCCCACCUCCACAGCUCUCGGAGAACCAGACGUCGGAGUCCUCGCACCGUCAAGAGGUGGAGCACCAGGCCGAGGAGCCGCUGAACUCCAGGAGCAGGGGGCAUCCAGAGGUGGGCUCCAAGGCCGAAGUGAGUUGGGGCACGGAGGACGAGGAACUCUGGAGGAAGCUCUCCUUUCGCCACUGGCCCUCACUCUUCAGCUACUACAACAUCACCCUGGCCAAACGGUACAUCAGCAUCCUGCCAGUCAUCCCUGUCACCCUGUAUCUGGACCCCCAAGAGGCUUUAGAGGCACGUCAUCCCCACGAAGCCAACCGGUACCAGUCCUCCUUCUCGUUGGGUGUCGUGAAAGAAGAGCAGGUGGACCGGCUGUCAGAAGAGAAGCCCAAAGGACACAGCCCGCAAGAUGUCACCCUCUAUAAGGUGGCCGCCCUCGGCCUGGCGUCCGGCAUGCUUUUGGUCCUCCUCCUCUUUUGUCUCUACAAAGUCUUGUGCCCCAAAAAUUACGGACAAAACGGGCUUUCCCACAGUCGGCGACGAAGAGGGGACCUCCCCUGCGAUGACUACGGAUACUCGCCUCCCGAGACAGAGAUCAUCCCCCUGGUUCUCCGAGGCCACCUCAUGGACAUCGAAUGCUUGGCUAGCGAUGGGAUGCUGCUGGUCAGUUGUUGUCUGGUGGGCCAGAUCCGGGUGUGGGAUGCACAGACGGGCGACUGCCUGACGGUCAUUCCUAAGCAAGGCCUGCCCCGGGACAACAGCAGCAGCAUCCUGGAUUUCCAGGACUGCUGGGAUUACAGCCCCGACGGCCGCACCGGGCUGGAAGACUCUUGGGAUGGCAGCCCCCCCUUCCGUCGGACCCGAAGCCCCCCUCCACCUCUCCUCUUCAGCGACCAACCCGAUCUCUCUUCUCUGAUUGAUACCAAUUUUUUGGAGCAAACCAAGAGCGGGACCCCGGGACCCCGUCUCCGCACCAUCAGCGGGCGCCCGGACGGCUACGAUUUUGGCAGCCUGGUGGGAAGGGUCUGUGAGGAGGGACCGCCAAACUGCACAACGUUCUCGCGCAUCUCGGCCGUCACUAAGCAGGGCGGCUCCCAGAGCAAGGGAGUGUGGCCCCAAGUCGGCGAGGAUCCUGAAUGCAUCCCGCGACGGAGCAGCUUGGGGGGCGAUGAGCCCUCUGGGGUCCCAGGGAAGACAACACCCCCAAUUUCCUGGCAGGGCGACUUGGACAGCUCGGUCUGGAGCUUAGAACUUCAAGGGCAUCUCAUUCUGGCCGGCCGGAGCAACGGGAGGCUGGAGGUCUGGGAUGCUAUUGAGGGGACCUUGCAGUGCAGCAGUGAAGAUGGGACAUCCGGCAUCACUUCCCUGGUCUUCUUGACUGACAGGAUUGUGGCUGCCAGGCUGAACGGCUCCCUCGAUUUUUAUUCUUUGAGGACCCCCCUGUCCAUACCCCACUCUCUGUUCCAAGCCACAACAGGCCGGAACAGCCUCUCGUCUCCGCCGGUCUACAGCACCAGUGACUUCAUCUGCCAGCUGACCCACACUGUGACCUGCGCUCACCAAAAACCCAUUACCGCCCUGAAGGCUGCGGCUGGCCGGCUGGUGACCGGCAGCCAGGACCACACUCUCCGAGUGUAUCGCCUAGAAGACUCGUGUUGUCUCUUCACCCUACAAGGCCACUCGGGCGCCAUCACCGCCGUCUACAUAGACCAAACCAUGGUGCUGGCGAGCGGGGGCCAGGAUGGCGCCAUCUGCCUCUGGGACGUGCUGACGGGCAGCCGAGUAAGCCACAUCUGCGCGCACCGGGGUGAUGUCACGUCCCUGACCUGCACCACCUCGUGCGUCAUCAGCAGCGGCCUGGACGACGUCAUCAGCAUCUGGGACCGGGCCUCGGGGAUCAAACAUUAUUCCAUUCAGCAGGACAUGGGCUGUGGGGCCAGCCUGGGCGUGAUCUCAGAUAAUCUUCUGGUCACUGGCGGUCAAGGCUGCGUCUCUUUCUGGGACAUCGGCUACGGCGACCUGCUGCAGACUGUCUACCUGGGCAAGAGCAACGAAUCACAGCCGGCCCGGCAGAUCCUGGUGCUGGAGAACGCGGCCAUCGUCUGCAACUUCGGCAGCGAACUCAACCUGGUUUACGUGCCGUCGGUGCUCGAGAAGCGAGACUGAAAGUGGGAUGUGUGUGUGAGCAGAUGACGAGAAUCCAGAGACCCCUACCCGUCCCAUCCCUUUUGAGCCGCUUCUGGACGCCCCGGCGGUGGAGGGAAGAUGACUGGCGAACUUUUCUGUCCAGUAGAAGAACGGGAAGGAGGCUAAAUGUUGAAUCUUCUAAUUCUCUGCAUUUGGGGGAUGAGGCGGGGACAAGAGGCCAGGGCCACAGUUCCGCAAGGGCUGCAGUGGGUGGACACCGGGGAACAGUUGGUGAGCCAGGCAGGAGAGUUUUCUGCAGUCCUGCGGCAGAAAUUUGGGUGGGUGCUGAAUCUGGCCACGCAGGAGUCCUCAAACAAAUCGCUUGGGAGCAAGGAACGGGAGGGCUUCCCCAGUGCCCCCUUAGCCCCCCCCCAUCACCUGAGCCGAUUCAUUGGGGGGGGGGCAUGCUCGGAAGGCUACAGAAAGAGGUUACGAAAUGAGCCAGAUCAAUUCAACCCCCACCCCCACCCCCGAAGGCCUUGGCCAGUGAGCCAUGAAAACGUGGGCGCCGUUACUCCCCGUUGUAUUUAUUUCUGCUGUACAUAGUUAUUUAUUCCAGCACAUGAGGGGGAGAGAAGGGGAGAGAGACGCUGCCUGCCGUAAGCAGUCUAGGUUAAGGAUCAGGGACGGGAUGCCACCAACUCCGCCUUGCUUUGGCAUUAAACCUGCCCAGCGUGGACUUCAGGGCGGCUUUACAGGCUGUGGGCAUUGCUGUGUCCCCCCCACCCCACCCCAGUAAAGAUGGAGCGUCCCAACCUUGCCUUCCCAGACCACGAUUCAACUGAGUCAUGGCAGUUUUCAGAGAUCCAAUCAGUGGUGGGUUGCCCCCGGUUCAGACCGGUUGUAUAGAACCGGUAGUAAAACAGGCGGGAGGCUCCGGCCACUGAUCCUUACGUCACUCGCAGAACCCGUUGCGAACCGGUAGUAAAGGUAAGUAGAACCCACCCCCAAAUCCAAUGUCUGCGCUGGACAGACACGCAGUUCCUGCAGUGAGCCGAGGCAGUUUAGCAUCAUGUAGAGUUUUGUGUCCAGGGGGCUACUGUAAAAUUAAGUUUGUCUGCUGAGCCGAUGCGGGUGCCGCCCUGGGAGAAUCAACCGUAAUGGGAAUUCGAGUUGGCCAAAAGACAUGAGGAACGUUCAGGAAGAGCAGCUAGAAUACGUGGUUCGUUUCUUAAUUUCAAACCAUUCAUGUAGGAACUAGCUUAUUUAUAAUUUAGGACUGCUGCUUGUAGGGAUGUGUCUGCCCACUCGCUGGCAGCAGGAGGCUUGGGGGCUCAGCUGCUGAGGUCGGAGGCUGCCUCGCAUCCAAGACUGAAUGUGGUGGGGCUAAAUCGUUCCCCCGUGUUCUUAACCAUGGCCAUUUCCUGACGUGUGGACUUCCCACGGCGAGUUGGGGUACAGGCAGUCCUCGAGUUGUGGCCACAACAGCCCUGCCCACGAUAGCUGUAAAACAGGCCAGUCUGCUCGCAGCAUCCCACAAUUGUGUGACCGAUUCGCAACAUAUUUGUCAGCGGUUCUUAAACAGCACAAAAAUCAUGUGAACCAGUGGUGGGUUGCCCCCGGUUCGCACUGGUUCUAUAGAACCGGUAGUAGAACCAGCGGAAGGCUCCACCCACUGACCCUGCUGUCAUCAGAACGCUUCUGUGCAUGCACAAAAGCUUCUGUGCACGCGGAGAGCACGUGUGCAGCCACAUUGCGAACCAGUAGCAAAGGUAAGUAGAACCCACUCCUGAUGUGAACCCAUUGUUCAUCCCGGCACAUUUAUGCCGAAAACUGGAAGUGGUUCAUAUGGACAAAAUGGUCAUAAAUUGUGGUCAGGCAAAUCACCGGGGAAUUGGUUCCUAGGAUGCUGCAAAUAGGGCCGUGGGUCCAAGUGUGGUCACAUGACCGCAAUGGGGGUGCUGACCAUCAGAAAUUCAAAUUCAGCUCGCAAGUCCUCGUUUUGUUUGUAAGUCGUAAUUAUGAUUGCUAAGUAAAUGUAUUCUGAAUAAAGGCCACACAUCUCAAAGUGGGGAAGUCCAAGGAAAGCUGUGCAAAGCGAGACAGACCGAGCCCCUCUUCCCUCCCCUGUCAGCCCACAUCUCCCCCCCCUUCCCCGGAUUGGGAUCCAGUGCCCAUACAAUGCCUUCAGUGGCCUUAGCUCUGCUGUACCCUUUCGACUGUACGGUAGAUGCUUUUAUACACGAUUGUGUUUUGUAACGUGUACAGGCACAUUAAAAGAGAACUAACUUCC